AUGUGGAAGAAUACAAAACCGACGCAUCUUGCCUUCCAAGCACACGAUGGACAUGUCGUGACUUGUUUACAAUUCGACGACGACAAGAUUAUAACCGGUAGCGACAAUAGCAAAAUCAGCGUGUAUGACACCAACACCGGGGCGCUUCGAGCAACAUUAAAAGGCCACAAAGGUGGCGUAUGGGGCCUCGAAUACCAUGGCAACACUCUGGUAUCUGCGUCGACAGAUUGCACCAUCCGAGUAUGGGACAUUGCGAGAGCCGAGUGCACUCAUGUGUUCCAAGGUCACACAUCCACAGUACGGAACUUACAGAUACUAUUGCCAGUUCAAAUUGACCAGCAUCCGGACGGUACUCCAGUAAUGAUGCCUAAACAACCAUUAAUAAUUUCGGGAUCCCGUGAUUCGACGCUGCGGGUUUGGAAACUUCCUCAACCAGGCGACUCGGGGUAUUUCCCGCCUGCUGAAAGCGAUGAGGAGUGUCCAUAUCUCAUUCGGGUAUUGACUGGUCACCAACAUUCCGUGCGAGCAUUUGCAGCACACGGGGAUAUCCUGGUCAGCGGUAGCUACGAUUGUACCGUGCGAAUUUGGAAAAUAUCCACCGGAGAGUCAUUACACCGGCUGGAAGGCCAUACAAUGAAGGUUUAUAGCGUAUCUUUGGACCACAAGAGGAACCGCUGUAUCAGUGGAUCAAUGGACCAUGUGGUUAAGAUCUGGUCUCUUGAUACAGGUGCGUUGUUAUAUAAUCUUGAAGGUCACACAUUGUUGGUGGGCCUACUGGAUUUGAAAGAAGAUGUACUCGUCUCGGCUGCUGCAGACGCUACACUUAGAGUCUAUGACCCUGACAAUGGACAUUGUCAGAGCGUGCUGAGCGGUCAUACUGGACCGAUCACAAGCUUCCAGCAAGAUGGUCAAAAGAUAGUAUCCGGUUCCGAUAGUAAUGUGAAAUUGUGGGACAUACGGACUGGUGAAUUUGAAAGGGACCUCCUCACCGACCUCAACGGUGUCUGGCAAGUCCAGUUCGAUGCCCAACGUUGUGUUGCAGCAGUUCAACGCGAAGUCGAGACUUAUAUCGAGGUUCUCGACUUCGGAGUAUCCCCUGACGCCAUACCAUCUGACCGGCUGAAGAGACGGGUUUUGGUUGAUGAGCUAGGUGAGGAGAUUGAAGGCCCGAAGGGACAUAUUGAUCUAAAUGAUUAA